GAGAUAGAGAUGAAGGAGGGCAUAUCCUAAGAGAUAAUCCCUGUGCUAUCAUGACAUCAUCCUUCUGCGUGUAUAUAUAGGGAAUGGCCAAAGCAUCUCUCAGAGUUCACUUUCCAAAUCAGCUGAAGGCAAGAGGAAGCGCUAGAGAAAGCCUCUUUCAGCGUGUCUGUGACGUUUAUGGACUUGGCUUGCUAGAAGGCUCAAGGAGAUGAUGGCAGGAAUGAAAAUCCAGCUGAUAUGCAUGAUACUUCUGGCUUUCAGCUCCUGGAGUCUGUGCUCAGAUUCAGAAGAGGAAAUGAAAGCAUUAGAAGCAGAUUUAUUGACCAAUAUGCAUACAUCAAAGAUCAGUAAAGCGAGCGUUUCUUCUUGGAAAAUGACCCUGCUAAAUGUUUGCAGUUUUGUAAAUAACCUGAACAGCCAAGCCGAUGAAACAGGAGAGUUUCGUGAAGAGGAACUUAUUACAAGAAGGAAAUUUCCCGCUGCCUUAGAUGGUUUUAGCUUGGAAGCAAUGCUGACAAUAUACCAGCUCCAAAAAAUCUGCCACAGCAGGGCUUUUCAACAAUGGGAGUUAAUUCAGGAAGAUGUUCUUGAUGCUGGAAAUGACAAAAACGAAAAGGAAGAAGUUAUAAAAAGAAAAAUCCCUUACAUUCUGAAACGCCAGCUGUAUGAGAAUAAACCCAGAAGACCCUACAUACUCAAAAGAGGUUCCUAUUACUACUGAGAAGAUAAAUAUUUCAUUUACUUGUGAUUGUGAUUUAUCAUCCUGUAAUUAAAUAUCAAAUUUGUGUGGUAAUGU